CCGGUCUUAUUUUGCACUCGGACACUCGCUCAUUCCUGGAGUUCCGGCUGUUAUUGAACAUUUCCUUCUCCUGUAUGAUUUAAAUUACAGUGUUUGUGAACUAAUAGUAAAUGAAAGAUGGCGAUGAGCAAGGAGGUGAAGCUGGACUUUACCUUGAAGGAGCUCACUCUGUCCCCGCAGACCGACCUCGUCCCGGGCGGCUCCUCCUCCGUGGAGCUGCGGGACAAGCGGCUGGUGUGUGUCGAGUAUCCGGCGGUGGUCCGCAGCGUAGACAAGAUGCUGGAGACGCUGGGUGGAGAACAGACGGUGACCAAAACUUUCGCUAACCCCAACAAGCGUCUUGAGCUUCGUUUCCGACCUCAGGAUCCUUUCUGUCACUCUGCGUGUGGAAAUCGCUUCCCGUCGAGCAACCUGCUGCUCAGAGUGCGACGUCGGGUCCGAAAGAAAGACCCCAGCGACGCCGAGAUCAGCAUGGAGAUGCUGGGAAUCAUCGGAACAACGUACAAAUUCCAAGGCCUGGUGGAUUUUCAGUGCCUAGCCGUGCAUUCAGAAGGUGGAAAAGUCACGUCUUUGUACGACAAAAUCAUCCUCCGCAAAUCGGAGAAUCAGGAGUUCUUCGAGCAGCCGAUGCCGUACUUCCUCCCUCCCGCCAUCUUCUCGCGCCUCGACACUCCCGUGGAUUAUUUCUACCGACCUGACGUCCAACAGAGACUGAUGCCCAUGACCAGGAAGAACUUCAUUGGUUUGAAUCGCGCACGCCGGCCUCACAACGCUAUUUUUGUCAGUUUUAAUGAGCCCAGCAUGCCGUCUGAAUGUCUGGAAGCCGCUAAAGUUAAUUGGACAAGAGUCUGUGUGAAGGAGAAUGACAAGCAGGCUGAAGAACGGAUGAAAAAUAUGUUUGAGAGCCGGCCCAUCUGGUCGCGGAACGCAGUCAAGGCCAACAUCAACAUCCAUCCUGAUAAACUCAAACUGCUGCUGCCCGUCUACGCAUACUACAUGGUGACAGGACCGUGGAGAAGCCUGUGGGUGAGGUUCGGUUAUGACCCCAGAAAGACCUCGGAGUCCAAGAAAUACCAGAUGCUGGAUUUCAGGAUCCGCUGUAGCACCAAACACGGCUACUCACUGUCCGACAUCCCGGUGAAAGCCAAAAGAAGCGCCCUCGACUACAGCCUGCCAAUCACUCACAACAAAACAGGUCCUGUACCAGCCAGUGUGAUGGAUCUUCCAGGUCAGGAGGGUUCAAGCAGCAGCAGCCGAGAUCCAGCUCCAGUCUGCUACCAGCUCAGGGAAUCGGCCUACAUUUUCAGAGAGGGCAUGCUGCCUCCUCACAGACAAAUGUUUUACCAGCUGUGUGAUUUGGAUGUGGAAAGUAUCAAAGAGGUGAUCGAGGAGAACACCGGCAGCGAGCAGCUGUGCGACGAACGUGAUGGCUGGUGUGUUCUCGGCACCACAGACAAACUGAGAGACAUCAUCUCAGCCAUGAUUAAGAAGAUCGUCCGAGCUCAGAAACCAGCGUUGCCGGAACUCCCCAAAACACGAAGACGCAAAUCCCUGAGUUCAAAGAGAGACAUGGAUGUUGAAGAGGAUGAUGAAGAAGAGUUCAAGGAAGAUGAAGAGGAGGAUGACGACGAAUUUCAGCCAUCUGAGGGAAGUGAAAAUGAGAUGGAGACAGAGAUUCUCGAUUACAUGUAACAAAAGACUCCACGUGAUCGGUAAUAAGUGUGAACUGUGGUGUCUCACCUGUUUAGUUAAAUACAAAUAAAGACAUUUAAUAUUUGUAAA